AUGCCUUUGUACAAGAAAUUUAUGAAAGAGGUUAUUGCUAAAAAGAGACCAGUGGGAGGUGAGCCUGAAAUUGAAACUGAAAAAUGUGGUAAAGUCUCUCCCGAAAGAAAAGUACCAAUCAAGAAGAACGAUCCUGGAGUAGUGGCAAUAUGUUGCAUUAUCAAGGACAGAAUUUUAAAAAAGGUACUAAUCGAUUAUGGUUCUAGUGUGAGUCUAAUGCCAUUGUCUAUCUUCAAAAAUCUUUACUUGGGAAAGAUAAGUGAGAGUGAGACAAAAUUAAAUUUUGCUGAUUACACUGUUAAGAAGUCAUAUGGGAUAGUUGAAGAUGUAUUGGUGGAAGUGGAUAAGUUAUUCUUCCCAGUCGAUUUCAAUAUCAUGGACAUUCCUGAAGAUGAAGAGACUCUGAUCCUUCUUGGAAGACCAUUCUUGUUGACCAGUCGCUGCAAUUUUGAUAUUGAGAAAGGGACACUCACGAUGAAAUCAUUUGAUGAAGAGGUAACAUUGAAGAUGUUAGAUGUCAAGAAACAAAGUGCAGGUGGACAUGAUCAAGCUUUUGUUGGUAUGGUAAUAAAAGAGGGUCUUUCUGGUGAAGCAAGGAAGCUGCGGUGGAGUCACACUACCCUCUGUGAGUUACCUCUCUUAGGCUUGUUCUAA